GAUAUCGUACUAUUCUCACGUCCUGAGGGCCUGUCGGCGAGUCUCGCCCACCGAAUGCGGUCAGAAUUUCGAAACACCGCCUCCUCGACUCCGUUGAUUCCGGCAACGAAGCGACAAUACUUUCGGGGCCGGUGAUCGCACGCCGGCGACCAAGAACGACGGCGGCAAAGACCGGCUCGGUGCGGCGGAAAUGGCAGCGAUGGCGGCCACCCGACACUCGCUGCAGUGCGAGCUGUUUCGGCCGAACGACGAGCGUCUCGUCGACGUCGUCAACGUCGUCGAGGCGACGAAGCGCAAGAAGAUGAGCCUUCUGUGCGCCGUGGUCAGCACGGACAAGCCCGUGCGCGUCAGUUUAUGCCAAGUGAAGAGCACCGACAAGGAUCUCUACAAGAAGAAACACAGCUGGUCCUUGCGCGACCUACGCCUCGUCGACGGCCGGAAAGCCGACAGCGCCGAGUUUGAUUUGCACUUCGAUAAAGUUUACAGGUGGCAAGCCAGGAACAUACAGGAGCGCAAUGACUUUCUGCGCUGCCUAUACCGCUUGUGCGUUCACUAUGCGCCGCAGCAGCAACGUCCCCGUUUCGAGAAUGUGCCCAAGACGCUGCUGGAAGACGAUGGCCGGGCGCUGCUUUUGGAGAAGGUGGUUGCAGACGAGGUAGAUGACUAUCAAGCACUGACAGCACGCGAAGAGGCUGACCUGGAGUGCCUGAUGGCCAAGUAUGAGUUUGCCAUUCACAAUGCUGAGGAGUUUACCGAGCAACUUGCCCGCGAACUGGCUGCGCUAGACGCCUCCAACGUGUACACCAUCAUGGAGUCUGAACGGCGGGUCCAGAAGCUCAUGGAGAUGACGCAGGUGGCACUAGAUGAGGUGUGCCGCCUUGAGCGCCGUCUGGAUGCGUAUGAGCAUCUGCUGCGCACCGUUCGCGACAGCGUGCUGCGAAUGGAGGAGAAGGAUGCCCUGUUGCACGUGCAGAACGAGAACAACGGCCGCCUCCUGCACGAGCUUGAGACGCUGGUCAAUCAGCUCGACCUGCCGCAUGCGCACCAGGUAGCCCUUCUUAAUGGAGACUUGUCCAGCCAGGAUGGCAUUCGGGCCUGCACUGCAGCAGCCCGGGCCCUCGAGGAGGCGUGCAGCGCACAGACCCGCCCAGGCCUGUCCAAGAUGGCGGCCGUCCAGGAGCAGACGAAGCUCCUUGAUAAGCUGCGAGACAAGUUCAGCACCACGCUGUCACACCACCUCAACAAGCUGUUCCUGAGAUUGGCCUCAGAGACGAGUCAGUGUGGUGAGGUGACACUCGUCAAGCACACAGGCUGCCACAAUGAGCUGCGGCCCUACAGCGAGCUGAUGCUGUGGCUCUCGCGGGCGCCGGACCCCACGCGAUUCGCGCAGCUCCAGAAGAACUACAUCAACACGAUGAGCAAGCUCUAUGAGCGGGAGCUCCACAUCUUCUUUGAGCAGGCCAAGGACAGGCUCACCUCAAAACCCAUGACGGGCACGCUGGACCGACGGUUAUCGAGCAUCCAGCAGGCAGAGACGACGGAACCGAUGGAGAAUCGCUUCGAUGCAGUUCUGGAGCGUCUGCUCAGCAUGCUGGAGCCGGUUUGCCUGGCUGAGCAGCAGUUUUGUGCGGCCUUCUUUGGGCUUGGCUCGGCUCGGCUUCCUGGCUCCGUGAGCAGCCAGCCAGCCGCGGCAGGCGUCGGGUACUCGACGCCCGUGCGCGCCGCCUCGGACGAGGCCCUGGCUUCGGUUCACCGCAAGGAACGCCAGAUCAACGAGGAGCUCCGCCGCAUGAUGUCGGCCCUCUUCCCAACGCUGGAGGCCAAGCUGCAGAACUUUCUUGAAACGUAUGACAAGUUGGAUGGGGUCUACUCGAUGCACCUGCUGGUGCGGCUCAACCAGCAUGUCAUGUCGGCGCAGGACACCGGUUCUUUCCUCAGUAUGGCCUUCGGCACCGUGGUAGUGCAAGCCAAGCGUAACUUCGACAGAUACAUGGCUGACAAGGUUCGGGCAGUAGAAGAGGCCAAGGCACCAAAGCGCUCCAAGUGUGGCCUGCUGCCUUUCCUCAACCACUUUGAAGAAUUUGCCAAGCAAGCAGAGGCCAUCUUCCGCCAGUCCGAGCGUCGCGCUGACCUCGACAAGUGGUACACACGCCUGGUUCGUGCCAUGUUUGACGCCAUCGGCCGCGUCGCCCUCGAGCACCAAAGAACACCCCCUGAGGUCGUUCGACUCGAGAACUUCCACCAGCUGUACACGUUGCUCUACCAACUCAAGAUCAGCUGCCUCGAGGCUGAGCGUCGCGAGGCGAAGCAGCGCUACAGUGAGGCGCUGCAGGCCUACGUGACGCACUACUUCGGCCGGCCCCUAGAGAAACUGAACCUGUUCUUCGAGGGCGUCCAGAGCAAAGUGGCGCAGGGCGUCAAGGAGGAGGAGGUGGGAUACCAGCUGGCGUUCAGCAAGCAGGAGCUGCGCAAAGUGAUCAAAGAGUACCCGGGAAAAGAGGUGAAGCGCGGACUGGAGGCCCUGUACCGCAAGGUCGAGAAGCACCUCUCGGACGAGAGUAGCAGCCUGCUGCAAGUGGUGUGGCACUCGAUGCAGGACGAAUUCAUCCGCCAGUACAAGUCGCUCGAGGCGUUGGUGCAACGCUGCUACCCGGGGUCCAUGAUCACCCUCGAGUUCACGAUAGACGACAUCCUCGCUUUCUUUUCGGACAUUGCUCGCUCCCACUAAUGGCCUUUUCAAUGUGACACGAUAUUGUGCACUUUAAAUGGACUUCAACUGCUUCCGCCGAGGAGACCUGCUCAUUUAGAACACUCCUGCGGAGGAAGCAUGAAAGAGUGCAUGUGCGGCCAUUAAGCUAAUUGUUAUUGCCUCGUACCAAAGGUGCCGAUUGAAAGCUGAAAUUUAAUUGUACGUAUUGUUUGCAUCUAAUUGUGAUAUUGAAUGAUGUUUCAGUGGCACCGCAAGAUAGGUUGAACUGCGCUGCUGUGACAAUAAGAAACGAGUUUUUGAUGCUUCAAAUAAACGAGAAAUAAGCCAUAUUUAUGUAUAUUGCAGGGUGAGAUGUAGCCAUUGGAAGCUUAGUUUGCUGUGUUACCUGCAAUGCUUUCUUAGUGGAAUAGCAUUGCCUUGAUGCUCUAAGAGCCAGGUUGCACAGGACAGAGUAUUGCUAGAGGCUUACAUGACACACUGUUGUGGCUGGCGUCUGGAGCGGUACUCCCAGUCGAUAACUUUCGGGGUCAUGGGCACAUUUAUGAGAGUUCAUGUGACUUGGCACUGUACAUGUUAGCAACUACUAGCAAGAGCAUGCUUGUCACUGUGUGAGAAGACGCUGAUGUAUCUGGGGCUAAGUCAUGCGAAAUAUCAUCAGAGAUCAUUACCUCGAAGCAGAUUGAUUGAGAGUACGGCUCAGGCAAAAUAUUUUAAGAGACUGUAGUACCAAAGUCUAAUCAUGGGUCACAAGAACUUUGCUACGAACUUUGGAGGUUACCAGCUCAUUAGUAUGCAAAUGAACUGGAAGCAGCUCACACAUAGUUGUUCAGUCUUCAACAAACGCAGUGUGACUGUUCUGUUUUUGCUUAACUGUCCAGAGGCAAGGCAAUGAUAUGGCAAAGAUUUAGACAUGAAACAUUAUAUAUAAUACCUCUGCCAUUUUGAAGUUUGUGUGGCCAUAUGAAAUGUGAAGCUGCAAUGCAGCCACCAUGUUGAAAGCUCAAGUGCAAAGCUGGUAAUAGCAUGGUAAUGCAGGCUCCUAGCACUUCCUAGAUGACAGCGAGCCUGCGUGUUUUGAACCAUGAUGUCAUGAUGAGAUUCCAAGAUCCCAUGAAUCUCGACAGGAGAUGUAGACAAUGCCUCCUACGGUCAUAUUUUUUCUAAGUCAUAGUUUAACUGUUUACCUGUGCUCUUUGAGCCAUGAUGUCUUGUGGGAUAAGAUUUGAGGUUUAUGGGAUGCGAAGGCCCCAUAAACCUCAACUGUCCUGGGACAAUACCUCGUGCAAUCGCAUUUCUUCUAAGGCCUGGUUUGCAAUGGGAGUGUUCUCUUUUCUAGAUGAUGUUUUGGUCAUUCAGAGAUGAAAGCUAUUCAGCUACCUUGUUGGUUUUGAAGCUACCAGCUCGCAUUCAGUGACUAGGAGCUCCAUAAGGUAAUGCAUAUGUACAUCAGGGGGAUGGAAAAUAGGGGGGGGGGGCCUUUGCGAUUUUCACCAGCUAGGCGUCAUUGACAGGGAACAGCUGCAAGUAUUCCACAACUUUGACCUUGUUGCUGGUUUACUACUGCAGUGUGGCGUAGUGCUGCAAGAGCUCAAAUGCACAUUAAAAAAAAAUCUAAUGCAGGGCCUCAUGAAACUUGAGGGCAUGUAAAGGGGGAGAGUUACCAGUGUGCAGACAGAAACCAAGCGGUAUUGAUGGCAGAUGUGGCAAAGACAGCUAUUUGCUGCAUCAUUCGGUAAUCCAAGUAUCCCAAAGUUUACAAGCACCUAUAGGAUGAAAAACAGCAACCUAUGGCUAGUUGAAGCCUUUAUUGCGGAAUGAGAUUAUGACUCGGUACAAGUCGUUUGAGGUGCUGGUUUAACUUGCUGCUGAGGACAGUUGAUGACCCUUGAAUUGACAGUGGACGAUAACCUGACCUUCUUUUUUGGGCAAAACCUGUCACUCGCAAACUUUGAGAAAUGCAAUGAAAGUAAUGGGUUGCACCAACCAUCUAGAAGCAGUUAGCAGAA